CGCCGAGGAGAGGGGCGGGGCCUGGCCGCUGCCUCCCAGCUGUUCCGCCUGGCUUCGGGGCGCGCUGGCUGCCCCGGUCCUGCUUCUCGGUCCUGCGCGGCCGAGGCGAGUCUGGGAGAAGUUAGGGCAGAGCGUGAGGAGCAACAAGCCAGGGCCGACGGAAAACCUUCCGCAUGGUGUCUUCAUAAAAUGCCCGUGGAGAAUCCCCUCUUUUUUCGCCCCGCUCCCAAGAUGGCGUCGAUGCGGGAAAGCGACACUGGCCUGUGGCUGCACAACAAACUGGGCUCCACAGACGAGCUGUGGGCGCCGCCGAGCAUUGCCUCGCUGCUCACGGCUUCGGUGAUCGACAACAUCCGCCUCUGUUUCCACGGCCUCUCUUCGGCCGUCAAGCUCAAGCUGCUCCUGGGGAUGCUGCACCUGCCCCGCCGGGCAGUGGAUGAGAUGAAAGGGGCACUGACUGAAAUUAUCCAGCUCGCUACCUUGGAUUCAGACCCCUGGGUCUUAAUGGUAGCUGAUAUUUUAAAAUCCUUUCCAGAUACUGGCUCCCUUAACCUUGAUCUUGAAGAACAGAAUCCCAAUGUUCAAGAUAUUUUAGGAGAGCUUAGAGAAAAAGUAAGCGAAUGUGAAACAUCAGCUAUGUUGCCGUUGGAAUGCCAGUACUUAAACAAAAAUGCCUUGACAACACUAGCUGGGCCACUUACUCCCCCAGUGAAACACUUCCAGCUGAAAAGGAAACCUAAAAGUGCUACUCUCCGAGCUGAACUUUUGCAGAAGUCAACAGAAACUGCACAGCAGCUCAAGAAGACUGCAGGAGUGCCUUUUCAUGCCAAAGGGAGGGGACUGGUCAAAAAAAUAGAUACAACAACACCACUCAAAGGAAUACCAAAACAAGCUCCAUUCAGAAGUACUUCAGCACCUAGUGUAUUUAGUCCUUCUGGAAACAGAACUCCUAUUCCUCCUUCAAGAACACCUCUGCGUAAAGAAAGAGGAGUAAAGCUUCUAGAUAUCUCUGAGUUGGACAUGGUAGGUGCUGGCCGUGAAGCUAAAAGAAGAAGAAAGACAUUAGAUACAGAAGUUGUGGAAAAGCAAGCCAAAGAAGAAACAGUAGUAGAAAAUGCUACUCCAGAUUAUGCUGCUGGCCUUGUGUCUACACAGAAACUUGGCUCGUUGAACAAUGAACCUGCACUGCCUUCUACAAGUUAUUUACCUGCUACCCCUAGUGUGGUGCCAUCUUCCUCGUAUAUCCCAAGCUCUGAAACACAGCCAGCCGGCUCUGCACGGGAGGCCUUGCAGACUAACAGACAGACUGAAGAGCCUGCAGCUCCAAACGCUACCACAACUCUUCCUACGCAGUUCAAACAAAGAACACCCAUGUACAAUAGUAACUCUAAUCCACCCGCAGCUACACCUACCUCGCCCCUAACGCCUACCACACCUCCUGCCAUUUCCCCUGCAGCACAAGCACCACAAGUGGCUCCCCAGACUCAGCAACAGCCACCACCGAAAAAAAGCCUCUCUCUCACGAGGGAGCAAAUGUAUGCUGCACAGGAAAUGUUCAAGACUGCAAACAAAGUUACAAGGCCAGAAAAGGCUCUUAUACUUGGAUUCAUGGCAGGAUCUAGAGAGAAUCCUUGCCAAGAGCAAGGUGACAUCAUUCAAAUUAAACUUAGUGAGCAUACAGAAGACUUACCAAAGGCAGAUGGCACUGGCAGCACCACUAUGUUGGUUGAUACAGUCUUUGAAAUGAACUAUGCUACUGGUGAAUGGACCAGAUUCAAGAAGUACAAACCUAUAACUAAUGUUUCUUAAGAGAUGCAGCAACAGCAGACUGGACCAAAUCACGCUUAGAGUCAACCAGCUCGUAGAGUAUGUCAACUGUACAAAAUGGCAUUCAUGUAUACGUUUCUUAUUACCCUCCAGAGUAGAAGUUGUGGCUCUUCAACCUAAGUGGGCUCAGUGAACACAGAAGAAGGUUUCAAAUUCACACUUUUUUUUUUCCUUUAAAUCGGGGAAGAGGGAAAAGGGAGAGGUAAUCUUAGGGGGGUUUUGUUGCUGUGUUUUGUUUUCCUGCAGUUCAAGAUGCCAGAAAUGGAGAUCACAACUGAAAGAUUACAGAUGGGAGCAGUUUACUUCCAAGUACCUGAGGAAAAGACUACUGCGCAAUCAUUCACAGUUUACCAUUAAACAAGGGCACAGAUCUUUAUUGUAAAAAUGUUUUCUUUGGCUACAUGGGUUCUAUUUUAAGAAUGGACACUUAAAGCACCAUAGCUUGGUGCUUUGUUAUUUUAUAAUUCAGCUGCAGUAAAACUAAAUAUUGCAGGUGGUAGAUGUCUAGUGUCUAAUGGUACCCACUGUAUGUUUAGCUUAUUUAUGCUUGGGUCAUAGGAUGGGACUGAGCAGCUUUGUUAACUUUGCUAUAUUGUGAAUGUCUAUGCCCAGCAUGAAUUAACCUAUAUUUGGCAUAAAUCGAGAUAAAGAGAAACUGAGUAUCAUAAUUUUCUGAAGAAAAAAAUAUCAAAUUUAAGAUUGCUAGAAAAAAGAAAGUAGCAGUGGCUUAUAGCUAUCUGGAGGUGAUAGCUCUUUGCCUUAUGAGUCUUAGGGCAGAAAUUGAUCUAUGGCUCUUGCAUAGCAAGCCCUUUGAACAGCAUGAGAGGAUAUGAAACUUGUACAUCUCAAGACCAGUUGCAGCUUAUUUUAAAAAAUGGCCCUAGUAGUGAUUGAAUGACACAUCUCUGAAUGCAGAUGGCUGGAAAGAUUUGUUGUCUUGAGGCAGUGUUAAUGUAUGUUUGGUUGAGCAGUCUUAAAGUGCUUGAUAACCAAGUCCUAAUCUAAAAAGAAAUUUGAAUGAGUGUAGCUGUGGUUCUUACCAAUGUAGUUAUAUCAGUAUAAUCACUAAUGUGGUUGCAAUUAUACUGGCAUAUAAAUGUGCCUUAUACUUGUCCCCUUCCAGUAGAAGCACGUUUUAAUCUUUAACAGUGUUUACACCACUGGUAUAAGCCUGCUUUAAUUGUACAAGUAUAGCUUGCAUUUAUUGACAGGGCUUACGUACAUAGUUCAGGCUUCAUCGUUUAGAGACUUGGAUUCAUCCUUCAAUGGAGACUUUGGAUUAAAACUUUGGUUUCUGCCAGUGCUUGUAUGUGGACUUGCACUUGUUAGGGAACAGUGCUCAGAAGGAAGAAACACAAAGAUGAGUAGCAUAGUGGUUGUCUGGGACUGAGGAGGUACCUUGGGCUGACUAGAGGCUGAUGUUAAAGUGAAACUCUUAGGACAAUGCGAGGCUGGGUUGCCUUGUUUUUUGUUUCUUUUUUUCCUAAAAAGAAAGCAGACCAAAUCCCAUUGGUAUAUUGUAUACUAACAAAGAUAUUUAGAUGAUUGUUUAGCCUUCUGUAUUGGGAAUUUUUAUUGCAUUUUUGUUUUUAGCUUUUCAAACUAAUUAUCCAUCAGAACAGGGAGAACAUAAUGAGGAAAUCUGUGUUUUACAGUAUUUUAAGAUGUGACCAAAAAUAUAGAUUUCUUAACUUUAUUUGAGCAGAUAGAUAUACAGAAUGUUUUAACUCACCUAGUGGGCGAGUUACUUGAUGGUAGCUGCUACCGUUAUGGAGUGCAUGUCCAUGCAUGUCUCAGCGUGAGAGUUAGACUCCACAUAUAACUGUCACACUGGGAAAUCUCCUUCACCUAAUUACCCUGUUUCAGAGGCAACGUAAAUUGCAAUUUCAGUUGCAGUUUUUCUUUGAACAGUUAAAAAUCAGCCUGACAAGCAAAGAAGAUUAGUGGGUUUUAGUUUUUAGAAUGAGUUCACUAUAAAUGUGUUUCACAAUGGCUAUAACUUAUUUGAUAUAGUAUGUUACACGGUAAGAGCUAACAACAGAAUAUGAAAGUAUUCGUCUUUUAAAGAAAGGCUUAAAGAAAAGUGACAUUCCUUUUCUUGUCUGCAUUCAGAUUUUUAAACAGCUUUUUAUGAUGAUCCGUUUCGGUAAAGCAAACAUGUAUGAUACUUCUGUCUUAAUUGUUCUUGCUUGCUAGAUAAGAUGCAAGUACCAAAUAUAUCUUUUAAGGAAGAGAACUUUUAGAGAAUUGGUUGACUUGAGGGGCGUGUACUCUCAUUCCAAAUUGUUGAUUCAAGUUUCGGUGCAGUUCAGUAGUGAUCAGGAGUUGCUGUGUAAUGGCUCUUUGGCUCACUUCAGAUUAAUGGGGACCUUCACUAAAUUUACUUGGUCCACUAGUUGGACGGAGGUCUGCAUUUCAGAUCUGUGCCGUUGGGAUGGAGAUAGCUCUCCCUCCACUCUUCAAGAAGUCCUCCUAGAAUGCGGUUGAGUCAUUUGAGUGAGAUAGUGCGUAGGAAGCUAUACCAUACUGCUACCUAUUCUUAUUUGCUGCGUGACAAAGUUGGUCUCUAGGCCUCUUUGUCUAAAAUAGUCACAUGCAAUAAACUGAAAUUUUAAAUACAAGCUUAGUAUAUUUUUAAUCCAGUUAGGUUAUGGUCAUUAGGAUGAGACAAUUUAAAGCUGCAAAAAUAAUUUAUUCUUAAAAGUGACUUAAUGCUAUGGUAUUGAGGGUCAUAAUUUCAAGUUGAUCUUUGUAUCCAGAGAGGUUUUUUUUUUAAGAUGACUAAAGAAAGGGAAGCCUUUUCAAUAUUGUUUAAAAUAAUGAUACUGGUAAGAAAUAAAACAAUGUGGAGCUCUUCAGUUCAGACAAUGAAAUCACUGAACCAGUGGCCUGACUGAGAGUAGGGAUAGUGCCAGACAAUUCAGAAGGGGCAACACUAACAUUCAAAUUCCAGUGCAAUGGAGUAGUAGGAUACAGAAUGAAAGCUGGCCCUGGAGCUUGAUAUUUUUUGUCUUAAAUAUUCAGUCACUUAGCUGGAUUCUGUACAGUGGGGCUCAAUGUGCUGCAAAAUUAAAUGAACAUAGACUUGACUCUAGAAUGAUUUGCUGAUAUAUCAACAGACUGACCAGAGAAGUAGUUCAGAGAUUUCAUAUUAAAGUUUUGUUUUCAUCCUUUUCCCUUCCCUUUGUCCAAGCCUGAAGUUCUAGGGAAUAGCAAGCCCAAGCUUCCUAAGUGCAUUUUUGGACCUCAUCAAGGCGGUAUGUCCCACCUUCUCUUGUCCUUGCUAAUAGAGACACCUAUCUGAUAUGCAAGUCUCGGCAAGAUAUGAAGAAUUAGCUUAUUUGAUUUUCCAGUAUGGAAUACUGGAGAAAGAAGCAAUGAAAGUGGCUUGUGUUUUGCCGUAUCUUGUCCUAAAUCUUUAUUCUUUGGGGAGAAAGAACACAUACGUUCAUACCUAAGCUGCUUGAACAACUUGUCCCACAGCAAAGUGCUGGGUUUCUUUAGGCUCCAUCUGAACUCACGAGUGCUGUGAGGACUGGAAACAGUGAGGUGAGGUUAAUAAAGAAGGUGAGCCCAAGGGGGAUGUUGAGCAAGAGUUCUGAUUGUAGAUUCCUUCUCCCUUUUAGACAGAACGGUUUUUCCUACUGUAGUGCUCUGUAGUUAUUCCCAUACAAAGCUGUCCAGGCUUAGUAUGGUUAACAGUCUAGUAUUGGGCCAGUAUUUUGUGGGUUAACUUGGUUUUCACUGGUAGCUUUGCCAUUUAAUCUUUCAGUUAAAUACCAUAGGAUGCUGGAUGUGAUGAGGAGGAAGCCUUCAGUAGCUGAUUGAUACCUCCAUAUGAAACUGGUAGUUUCUCUCACUAGAUCAUGUCAAAGCACAGACCACUCGUCUAGAUGAAAGAACCUUGAGACUUUGACAUUAUACAGUUUAAGAGUGAACCACACUUUCCUAGUAAGAUCUGACUGGAAAAAAGACUAAAAAAUGUUAAGCCAGAGCCCUCUGGGAAUCUGGUGCCUUUAACAAGAAAUGUCAUUUUGUAAAAUGUUACAUCUAUAGCAUAGCCCAUAUGUUUUCUAUUAAUUGUUUUUUUUGUACAGUUGUAAAUUCAAAAUACUCCAUCUUUGGGUACGUAUUUUCAGUGUAAUACAGUAUGUAUAAUAAAAAUUUAGAUUUUCUAAGGAAA